GGCAUCCUUUUCAGUGGUUUAAGAUAUGAAGAGUUGGCGUUGCUGUCGUUCAAGAUAUAGCCCCUGACAUCCGCCGUCUAUUUGGGGCUACAUGAUCAAUCUUCCAUUCAUCCAUCCUCAACAUUAUCUGGACACAAUACAACAGUGAACAUGAGCAAUACAGUUACAGAUACUUCUGUAAACAAGGACUUCGAUGCUGAAGUAAGCCACGCAGAGAUGGUGAGCGAGCUGAAGGCUGAGGCAACUCACGUCCUCGUUGAUGCAAAUAGACAGAUCUAUUUCGUGAAAAAGUAUGAUCGCCAUAUGCUUUGGAUUGUCUGUGUCUUAUAUGUCCUAUCGUACCUCGAUCGUGGAAAUAUCGGCAAUGCCAAAACUGCCGGCGCUCAAGCCGAUUUAGGAUUGAGCAGUGCACAAUGGACUUGGGUUCUCAAUGGAUUCUAUAUAUGCUAUACGGUAUUCGAAUGGGCGACAGUACUAUGGAAGAUUUUUCCUGCGCACAUUUACGUGUCAGUUAUUUGUCUGUCCUGGGGUAUCGCCGCAAUGUCCGCAGGAGCUACCCACAACAUGGCGGGACUCGUUGCUGCUCGAUGUGUUUUAGGAGUUUUGGAGGCAGGCUUCGGUGCUGGAGCUCCCUACUACCUGUCUCUCUUCUAUCAGCGAAAAGAAUUAGGCCUGAGAGUUGCUUUGCUGACAGGCAUGUCCCCAUUGGCAAAUUGUUUUGCAGCAUCUUUGGCCUAUGGGAUUACACAUAUAAAAGGAUCCCUUGAGCCAUGGCAGGGUGCUCCGACCAUAGCAUUUGCUCCCGUGGUCUUCUUUUUACUCCCAGAUUCCCCAAGCACCGCUAAAUUCCUUACCGAAGAUGAGCAGACUGGGGCAGUCGAACGCAUGCAUACUCGGGAUACCACUGCCAAGACCAAGAUGAACUGGAGACAAGUGACCGCUGGUCUCUCAGACUAUCAGAACUAUGUACAUGCGCUUAUACAUUUCUGCUGCAAUUAUUCCUUCGCUGGUCUCUCCAACUUCCUUCCCACCAUUGUUGAGAAUCUCAACUACACCAGCAUUCAAGCUCAGGGACUUACUGCUCCACCAUAUCUUGCAGCCUUUUUGCUAUGCGUUUUGGUUGCCUUUUACAGUGAUAAGUAUGGGAACAGAGGCUUUGUCGUCGCAGGAUUUUCUUUUAUGGGAGCCGUCGGCUAUCUACUCCUUGCAACUCUAGAAGAUGCGAAAUACAACGGAGCCCGUUAUUUCGGAAUCUGGCUUGCCUGCUGCGGCGUCUUUCCCGCACUGUCAAUUAACAUCACCUGGCUACUCAACAAUCAAGGCGGAGAAUCAAAGCGUGGAGCUGGACUUGCAAUACUUGCGAUAUUUGGGCAGACGAGCUCGUUCCUCAGCAGUGCUGUGUUUCCCAAAGAAGACGGACCCUAUUUUGUCAAGGGAUGUGCAAUUGGUUGUGCCUUCACGGGGCUCAUCUGUGUGUUGUCCCUUGGUCUUCAUUUCAAGUUGGCCCAUGAGAACAAGAAGAGGGAUACGGCUACAGGACCCAUCGACCCAACCGAGGCAUUGGAUCUUACGCAGCUCAGUGACAAGCACCCAAACUUUAGAUACUUUACAUAAGGCUGGAAUACUUGGCAGCCUCUGGGGAAUGUUUGCUGAAAUAGCUAUAUUUCUUUACUGUUAGUAUUGAAAUGCAGUCAUUCGAGGAGGUAUUACCUACAUGUUUUGAUUGUGAUACUUGGUUUGUUUAGGUUGGUGUCCACCCAAUUGAUAAAGUCUUGCG